AUGCAUGCUGUGGCAGUUCCUGCUGAGGAAUGCACAGAAGUGAAAGGCAUUAAAAGAUCAGUGGAUUUGAUCCCGAAGCCUAAACACAAUCAGCUUCUCCAAGUGCCAAAUGGAUCCACAGAUGGAUGUAUCCGCUGUGCUGUGGUGGGCACCGGUGGCAUUCUGUACGGCUCUAAAAGGGGCAAAGAAAUCGACUCUCACGAUUAUGUCUUCAGAGUGAACGGAGCUGUCACUAAAGGCUUCGAGGAAGAUGUCGGAAAUAAAACCUCUGUGUAUGUGCACACGUCAUUCUCCUUAAUCCAGUCUAGUUUAAUACUGAGGAAUCAUGGCUUCAACCGAGCUCCACGUGAUGAGGUAGGUGUUUUGUUGAUGAGUCACAGAAAUAUAUUGACGUGCACAAGUGCCUGCCUGUGAUUUUGGGAGUGAUAAAGUACAAAAGGAUUAAAGGACUUGCUCCAGGGCAGGAGUUACAGCUUCUAUUUAUUUAUUAAUUUUAUAUAUA